AAUUUAUAGUUGUUUAGAUCAGUAUUCCAUCGGCUAUUAUAACCGGCUGUUUGCAGUGUCGUUUAUCUUAUAUUUUUGUUUAGCUAAACGGGCGGACGAUGAGGUUCGCUCUUUCAACAGCAUACUGCAACAGCAACACUAUGCAACUGUUGAAGUUGUUAACAUUGUUGUUGUUUGCGGCAAGAUCGUCCAGUGAGGGACAGAAGCUAUUAGUGAAACCAUUGAGUAUAUUGGCGUUUUUGCCAACUGAAGGUAAAAGUCAUUUCAUGGGCUUUAAACCGUUACUCGAAACUCUUGUUUCCAGAGGACAUAAUGUCACACUGGUUUCACCAUUUGCGCUAGACGGCGCCAAACUGCCGUAUCGUCACGUCAAAGUGGAAAAGACGUUGGGAGAUAUCGACAUGAUAAAAAUAGCAAAAUUCGUGAACCUCAUACCCACGCCAUUGCAUUUGUGGUGGUUUGGGCCGUACAUUAGCGAUACAAGCUUGGAUAAACCGUCGGUGGCAAACUUCAUCAAGAACGACCGGACGUCAUUUGACUUGGUGCUGUUCGAAAACUUCUAUCAUGAGAGUUUCGUUGCCAUCGGACAUAAGUACGGGGCGCCUGUGGUACAGCUUCUGCCAUUCUCCGCCAACUCCAGAGUAUCGCAGUGGCAAAGCAACCCGUACAACCCAGCCUACAUUACGGACCUGGUCAGUGCGUUCGGAUCCAACAUGACGUUUGCACAGCGCACCACCAAUGCAGUGUCUGCGUUCUUCUACACUGCCGUUUCCCGGCUAGUAUACCUGCCACUGCAACGGAACGUUGUUAAAAAGCACUUUAUUUACCCGGAACACGAAAACCGGCCCGACCUCGCCGACAUGCUACGAAACAUAUCGCUAACACUAGUCAACAGUCACCCGGUCGUCGGUUCAGCCGUGCCAAUGGUCCCCAGUUACGUGAACGUGGCUGGCAUGCACUGUGUACCCGCCGGACCAUUGCCCGAAGACCUGAAGCAAAUAAUGGAAAGUUCUAAAGAAGGUGUAGUUUACUUCAGUUUGGGAUCAGUGGUAAAAUCAUCCAAAAUGCCCAAGGAAACAGUGACUCUAUUACUGUCAGAGCUCUCGAAAAUCGAACAGACCGUCCUAUGGAAAUGGGAAACGGAAGAUAUACCUCAACUACCUAAAAAUGUCAUCGUUCGAAAAUGGUUUCCCCAAAACGACAUACUAGGUCAUCCAAACUGCAAGUUAUUUAUCACGCACGGUGGAGUACAAAGCACCACCGAGUCCAUCUACCAUGGAGUGCCCAUGUUAGCCGUCCCCGUUUUUGGCGACCAAAAGGGUAAUUCACUACGCGCACAGUACAGAGGUGUUGCUAUACAAGUGCCAUAUUUCGAUUUGACGCAGGAAGCGUUUGGCAGUGCACUGCACAAACUGCUUAACGACCCAGCGUACCUGGAAAACGCCAAAAAGUCAUCCGUCUUGUUCAGAGACAAUCCACUGCCACCACUAGAAAAUGCUGUGUUUUGGAUCGAGUAUGUGGUCAGACAUGGCGGUGCAAAACAUCUGCGGACUGCCGCCAACGACCUUUAUUGGUUCCAAUACUUGCUUUUGGACGUCUUGUUACUGGUGUCGAUCGUAAUCGUAUUGACGUCGUGGAUGAUCAAAAAAAUGCUUUACUGCGUAUUUGGCCGGUGUUGUCGCCGUGGUCGAAAUGUUACCUCGCCGCCAACAACGGGGAAAAAAACACAAUAAUAUAACAACAAUAAUAAUUGCAACCGCAGCCCAAUAUACAGUCGACUAUCAUUUUGCUCAAAAUCCAUAUUAUGCAAUGAUAAAAAAAUCAUGAAGUUAAAAAAUCAAUAUAAUAUUAUUUUUAAUUCAAAUCUGAAAAAAACUAAUAUUAAUUUAAAUUAAAAUCAAAAUAUUUAAUUCCUAUUCCGAGUCCCGAUUGUUAUUUGCUAGGAAUUUCCACGAAACCGGGAACGUUUUUUUAUUACGUUUAUUACUCUUACACGAAAUAAUACAUAAUAUUAUUAUAAAUUAUAAUAGAUUAUAAGUUAAUUAGAUUACAUUACGAAUCGCGAUAAACAAUAUUUACCAUCAAUAUUCCUAUAUUUGAGCGCGGAGCACACAUAUGAUUACAUAAUCCGAUAGUCGCACCUAGUCGCCAAUAUGCCUACAUGAAACUUUAAUACCUUUCUAGUUAAUAAUUGUUAUCGAUCAGUUUAUUGAAUUUUGUACAUAUUAUAUAGGUAUAUAAACUGUUUAUGUAUUGAAUUUCAGUUACGUGAAAAACGUUUAAAAGCAAAAAAAAAACAAAAUUAAACACAACUCUAUUUUACAAUAAUAAUUAAUACUUU